CCUCAUACCUCUGGCAGCUGAGCGACUGGAGCUAUAAAGGGGUCCGAGGCGCCUCAUGCCGCGUUUGUGUCUCUGCAGUGAGUCGCAAGAAUGAGUGGGCGUAGUGCAGUGCUUUGCGUGGGCGUGGCCUUGGCGGUAGUGGGCGUGGCGUGGGCUGCCGUUCCCGGGCCCAACGACCCGAGGUACCCCGACUACAUCGUUGACCCCCGCGUGACCUGCACCAAAGAAGGCUCUUUCCACCAUCCACGCAACUGCUCGUGGUAUUACAGGUGCGUGGACCGCAUGAAGAUCGGCUACUUCUGGACCUACCACUUCGAGUGCGAGCCGGGGACUGUGUUCGCCGACGAGCUGGACCAGUGCGUGCACCCGUUCCUGGCGGCGCCGCCUUGCGGUUCUCCGCCCACGACCACGACCACGGAGGUCGUGCCGUGCACGGGCGUGGAGGGCACGUGCAAAACCUACGACAUCUGCCGGCCUCAGCGGGCCAAGAAAACCUUCUGCGCCGAGAUCCGCUGCAACCUGAGGACGUCCAACCUGCGCUGCCCGGCCGGCAUGCAGUUCGACAUGAGCAGCGAGCAAUGCGCGUUCCCCCCCAAAGAGAGCGACCUGUGCAAUGUGUUCGAGUGCGUGGGCGUGCCUGGCACGUGCACCACGUACAAGGUGUGCCGCCCGACGGCGUCCGAGCGCGUGCUCUGUGGGAAGAUGCAGUGCAGCGGCCACUCCACGCCCCUCACCUGCUCCCCGGGGAAGAAGUUCGACGUGGCCACCAGGCAGUGCAUGACGCCGCCCUCGGAGAACGAACUCUGCGCGGUGGACACCAGCAUCACCAUCGUCGAGGAGGGUCAGCUCAAGUGCUCCUAUGACAACCUGUAUCCGAUCAACGACUUCACGUCGAGGCUCCACUGCAAGAGCUUCUCGCUCUGCGACGCAGGCACCUUCCGGGGCGAGAAGAAGCUGUGUGAGACCUACUACGAGUGCUACCGCGCCGGGAGCGAGUGGCGGGUGCGGUCGCUGAGCUGCGUGGCGGGCCUCCUCUACAGCCACGCAGAGGGCAAGUGCGUGGCUCCGCCGACAGCUGCCGAACUUUGCAGGUCAUAAAUUGUGAAGAGGUUCAUCCUGCACAUUUACACGCGCGUGUGUAAGAAUGUGUGUGUGUGAGUGUAUGUGCCUGUGUGUGUCCAUUUAGCCAAGGUAUUACCCUGGCGAUUUAAUAUGUUAGUUGUUGAUACUGAAUAAUGUGUUGCAAUAGGCAUAGAACAUCUAAGUUUCCCCUUAUAUUGUUAUUAGCCAGAACUUCGUCACCGGAAUGUACAGUAAAAUGUCCGCGUUUAUAA